AUGCCUAAUAUUGGCGGGCCGAAACAGCUCCGAAGAAAAUUGUACGUGGCUGUAACGCAGUCCGUCCUGCUGUGCGGUUCCCUUUCAUGGGCUCAUACUCUGGAGUAUGUCCCGGACAACGUGUCGCACAUAAAUAGGGUCCAGAGGAAGGCCCUACUCAGAAGCAUAUGCGCGUACCACACUGUCUCAGAAACGGCAGCAAACAUCCUUUCCGGGGUGCCCCCUUCGGACCUUCUCGCUCGAGAACGCAGCAUGUUGUUCCAGGGAAGGAGGUCUGGUCGAAUUCCCGAUACUGCACCACGGGCAAAGACGGUCGCAACGUGGAGUACACGCAUAGUGGAGUCUCUAACUGGAAGCUGGACGAAGCAAUUAAUCAGAGACAUUAAGUCAUGGUGUAAUCAAAAUCACGGAUGCCUCGAUUACCACACCACGCAAUUAUUGUCCGGGCACGGGUUAUUUGGUCAGUACCUUUGCAAAAUCGGCAAAGAACCUUCCGCCAAAUGCCACCACUGUCUUGCAGAAAACGACACGGCAGAGCACACGCUUUUUGAAUGCCCGGCGUGGGAAGAAGACAGGUGGGAGAUGAACAGCGUGAACGAGUCUACGCUGGAUUCGGAGAAUAUCAUCUCGUCCAUGCUGUCAAGCCCGAGGAGGGGGGAAGCUGUGAUGAAGUUCGCGGGGAAGGUUAUGACUGCCAAGGAAGUAGCGGAAAGGGAAAGGGAGAAACGUGGCCAUAAUCAGAGAGGCAGAAGACCUGACUAG